AUGCUCUCUCAAACUGCUCUUUUCCUGGCCGCCGCCGCCAUCCAGCCCGUCACGGCUCAUUUCGGCCUGACCCAGCCCCAAUGGCGCGCCGACACCCUCGCCGCCGAGAAUGAAGCCAAGUACAGCCAAUGGACUUACCCAUGCGCCGGCGUCCCGUACGGCGCGGGCAACACGACCGACUGGCCGCUCGACGGCGGCCCUCUCGAGCUCGAGCUGCACCACAAGUGGACCUACGUCUUUGUCAAUCUCGGCCUCGGCGGCAACACGACCAAUUUCAACCUGACGCUGACGCCCGAGCUGUGGAACACGACCGGCAAGGGCACCUUUUGCGUUGAGAAGCUCGCCGUUCCCUCGGGCAUCGCCGAAGGCACCCGCGGCACCAUUCAGAUUGUCACCUCGGGCAACAGCGGCUCCGCGCUCUACAACUGCGCCGACAUUCGCUUCACCAAGGACGCAAAGAACGCCACGUGCACCGGCAGCGGCGUCACCCUCAACAAGGUCCAGGAGAGCGGCAACGCCACCAGCACAUCGGGCUCAGGCGCUGCUGCGCCUUCGGCGAGCGCGGGCGGCAAGUCGGCCGCCGGUGCGGCAGCGACGGUCAAUGGUGGCAUGCUGGCGACGGUGGUUGGUGCGGCGGCUCUCUUUGCGCUGGGCUCGAGCUUCCUCAUGAGUGGAAUUGUCUGA